CGGGAACGGUGACAGCAAAAUUACACUGGACGAGCUCAUGGCGCUGCAAGUGACAGGCAUCAAAGUGCUAAGCACCGCGACGUACAACCAGUUUCAGACAGAGUUUGCAGCGCUGAAACGCGCCCAGCUCCAAGCGCUGAACCCAACGGCGACGACAAAGUGACGUAUGCAGAGUUUGCGGCGUGGAUCGGCAACGACCCUGGCCUCAUGUUUGACCGCUUCGACUUCGACAAAUCCGGGUACUUGGACGAGAACGAUCUCUCGCGCUUCUUCAUCGACCGGCAGCUUCCGCGCUUCGACCUGAUUUCGAUCCUUUUGGACCCCGACCUUGACGGCCGCAUCUACUACGAUAUGUUUGAGAGCUUUGGCCUCAACGCCACAAUCCAGUACGACUUUGAUCGCUCCAACAGCCUCAACAGCAGCGAAAUCGCACUGCUUGAAGCCGACCUUGGCGUCACGUUUCACAACACCUCGGUUCUCGCGCGGCUCCAAUGGAUGAGCGCUUCAACGAGCCUCGUCCGCGACCGUGUCCAGCAGUACGCAGCGUGUACACUAAUGAGAGAAUUGCAACUAUUUUGUGGGUAUAAAAUCGACAAUGCGAUCGAAUCGACGCGACCCGACCGGAUAACGGGCCCUCUCCACGUCGUCGAGCAGCGCCGGGCAAAGUAUCUCAGCAUCUCGCGCCUCGCCCCCGACUUUCUCUCGACCGAGACCCUCGUGGUUGAAUUGGAAUGUGACUUUGACGGCGAGGGCUCGCUCAUCGUCUUUGCGCGGUUCAAUAUUCCCUUUGCGGAUCUCAGGACCGAGUGUGCGACGCUCACGCCAACCAACAACGCCGACUGCCUACCGUGCGCGUUGCAGUCGCCCUACAUGCCACCCCUUGUGUUGCAGUACCAGAGCCUCGUGCCGACGCUCGACCAGUGCCGCAACGACAAGGCGCUCGACGCUGUCAAUUACACUGCGGUACGCACGCUCUACAUCAACUCGACCAACGUGCCCGACCAAUACGGCAACGUCCUCGGCGGCGGCUAG